UUGUUUAACAUUCAAGAUAAUAUUUCUUACAUGUUUAAUAUUCUGGUCAAGUCCAACACUGAACAAGACUAUUGGAUGCUUACGUGUAUGUAUGGAUCACCUUACACUGCUCUUCGACAAGCACAAUGGGACUAUCUUGCUCAGCAAAGUUGCAAUGUCUGUAUACCAUGGGUUAUAGUGGGGGAUCUGAACAUCACUUUACACACCUCAGAGAAGCAGUCAUUUUCAACUCACACAGCUCCUUCACACUCUUCAAUUGUUCAGGCUAUUGAUCAAAUGGGUCUGAUGGAUGUACCUUUCUCUGGAAGUCCAUUCACUUGGUGUAAUAAUCGACAACAAUCUGCACAAACUGAUUCAACAAUUCCCCUACUACGAAGGCCUUUUCGGUGUUACGAGUUCUGGUUUAAAUAUCCUCAAUGCAGAGAAAUCAUUGAAUCCAGCUGGAACAUUAAUGUGCAAGGUUCUCAUGCUUAUAAACUUGCUACUAGCCUUAAAUCCACAAAAUUUGCUCUGAUACAAUGGGCAGUUGUAAGUUUUGGAGAAAUCACAGCCAAGAUAAAUCAUACUCAAUCAAGAUUGCAGACAGCUCUGGAUUCUCACGAAGAUCAGCACCAUAUUCAGGAGUUGAAGGAGCAAUUGACUGAGUUAUAUGAGGUUUAUAACAACAUUCUCUUCCAGCAAUCAAGAGAACAUAUUUUAAAGUCUGCAUAUCGAAACACCAAAUAUUUUCACUCAAAAGCAAAUUAUAGACGAAGACGUAAUCAUAUUGAUUCACUUCAAGAUGAGGAAGGCAAUUGGUGUUCAAGUCGGGAAGAUAUCACUAAACUUCUAACUCAACAUUUUCAGUCAAUAUGUACUUCUUCUAAUCCCCUAUUGGAUGCAGAUUUAUUAUCACUUAUCCCCAAAUGUGUUACAGAAGAAGACAACUCAAAUUUGACGGCUAUUCCUUCUGCAGAAGAGGUCAAGGAUAUGGCCUUUCACAUUAAACCUUGGGCGGCACCAAGACCGGAUGGCUUUUAAGCCAGUUUUUAUCAAAAAGCUUGGGAUAUUGUGGGUACUGCAGUCAGGAAAAUGAUACAAUCCUUUUGCUAUUCUGGUUAUUUAUUAAAACAAUCGAACCAUACUUUUCAAGUACUUAUACCCAAAUCUCAAUCAGCUCAUAAACCUACAGAUUUUCGACCUAUAAGCUUAUGUAACAUAUCAUAUAAAAUUAUCUCAAAGCUCCUCACUAACCGAUUAAAACCCAUAAUUACCAAAAUAAUUUCUCCCUGGCAAGCUGCCUUUGUACCUGGUAGAAAUAUUGCAGACAAUACAAUCAUUGCGCAUGAAGUUAUUGCAUACAUGAAGCGCACAAAAAGGUGUUCGGGUGUUUUUAGAAUCAAGCUAGAUAUGUCCAAAGCAUUCGAUCGUAUGGAGUGGUCUUUCUUAUUACAAGUUAUGCAGAAAAUGGAUUUUUUUCCUCACUGGUGUCAGCUCAUUCAACAAUGUAUAAGUACUGUAUCUAUUUCCCUCUUGGUGAAUGGAUCUCCUACUCCAACCUUCUUCCCAACUCGAGGACUGCGGCAAGGUGAUUCCUUAUCAUCUUGCCUGUUCAUUAUAUGCAUGGAAGGAUUUAGUCAAUUAAUACAACAUGCAGAAUCAGCAGGACUCAUCAAAGGUGUGAAACCAACUAUGCAAAGCCCAACAAUUACUCACCUGUUUUUCGAAGAUGACUGCCUCUUAUUUAGCUUGGCUAAAGGUAACUAUAUUCAGAACUUAAUGGAUGUGGUUCACAAAUUCAGCUUACUUUAUGGCCAGCUAAUCAACUACUCAAAAUCAAGUGUAUGUUUUAGCUCUAAUCUAUGUCCAACAGCUUGUGAGGAUAUUCUGCACAUGCUUCAUAUGCAACAGAUGACACUCAAUGAAAAGUACCUAGGCAUCAACUUAUUCACUUCAAGAAACAAGAUACAAUGCUUUGUUGGUACCAUUGACAAGAUGCAAUCUCGAUUACCAGGCUGGCAAGGAAAGAUUAUUAAUCAGGAGGGAAGGUCUACUCAAAUACAAGCAGUUCUCAGCUCAAUGGCCACCUUCCAUAUGAACUACUUUAGGAUGCCUAAGAAAACAAUUCAAGCUCUGAAUCGAAUACAGCGGCAAUAUUGGUGGAAUAAGUCCACAUCUAAAGGUAUUUCUAAAUCCUGGAACUUUAUAUCCUUGCCUAAAAGAUUUGGUGGACUUGGAUUUAAGAAUCCUCAGCUAUUUAAUUUGGCAAUGUUAACCAAAUUGGCAUGGAGACUAGUUGCAUAACCAGAUGCCCCAUGGGCUCAAGUUCUAAGAGGUAGAUAUUAUAAAGAUAAAGAUCUACUUUAUGAUGAAUUACCCACUAGAGGUACUUGGAUAUGGCAGAGUCUUCUUCAGGGGCUACAAAUUGUAAGAAAGUACUAUAUAUGGAUUGUUGGUGAUGGUUGUUCUAUUAAUCCAUGGAAACAUAAGUGGUUAUAUAACUUUUCUAUUGAUCCAAUUAUAUGAGAUGUGGUCAUUCUAUUA